AUGAAUUCGAGAUUGUUAAAGGAAAAAAAUCAGAUUGGAACAUUGAAACGGGCUGGAGAUACUCGAUGGGGUUCUCCUUUGGGUUCCAUUUGUAGUUUGAUAAACAUGUUCAGUGCUACUUGUGCAGUCCUAAGAAACAUAAUUAAUGAUGGAAGCAAAUCGAAUCAACGAGCUGAGGCAGAUGGAGUUUAUGAUUCCAUUACAUCGUUUGAGUUUGUCUUCAUCUUACAUCUUAUGAGGGAUAUCAUGGAGAUUACUGAUGAUAUUUUCCAAGCUUUGCAAAGUAAAUCUCAAGAUAUAUUAAAUGCAAUGCAUUUGGUGUCUAAAACGAAGAUACUUAUUCAAAAAUUUAGAGAAGAUGGAUGGGUUCCAUUGUUGGAGAAAAUUAAAUUAUUUUCUAAUGAUCAUGUUGAUUCCCAGUUACAAGAAUUAAACAAUAGGUUUAAGGAAGAUGUAAUGGAAUUGCUUGUUCUUAGCUCAGCUUUGGAUCCUAGGGAUGGUUAUAGAUCAUUCAACAUUGAUGAUAUUUGCAAACUUGCAAAUAAAUUUUAUCCCAUGGAUUUUUCUGAGCAAGAAAAAUUGCAUUUGAAGUAUUAG